AGCCUAUUUCUUGUUGAAUUUGAGCUCAAAGGGAGACCCACUUUUUAGAAGAAGUAGGACCGUAACUUAAAGCAGACGUGUCUCAUCUUCGUAAGCCAACCAAAAAGGUCCAAAACAAGAGGCCAAGACCGAGAGACAGAUUUAUAUACAAUACAAUUCAACCGAUCAAUUAAUCCAUGGAAGCCAUAGCAACUCUCUUCAUCCAUCUCCCAAGGAAAAGCAGCACUAAGCUAAACAUGUACUUACUUUCAGACAUGCCUUCAGUGUCAACGAUGCUAUCAGCCUACGCCUCCUUGGCCGCUUCCACCAUGCUCAUUCGGUCGGUGGCCAACAAGUUCAUACCCCAUCAGCUCCAAGACUACAUUUUCUCAGGCCUCCGCUACCUCUUCUCCCCUCGGCCUUCUCAGCCCACGCUCAUCUUCGAAGAAUUCAGUGGGAUCACCCGCAAUCAAGUCUAUGAGGCAGCCGAGUUGUACCACCAAGAUCACCCCCUCGAUCGAACGUCUAAAGGUGUGCAGGCCCCCAGAGAAAAGAACCUCGCCAUCACAAUAGAGAAAGGCGAAGAGGUCGUGGAUGCCUUCAAAGGAGUCGAGCUCAAAUGGAGUUUCGUUUGCUCUGAUAACGAGAGGACUGGCAGCACGGAGCGAUACUUUGAGCUCAGAUUCAACAAGAAAUAUAGAGAAAAGGUGCUGGAUUUUUACUUGCCAUUUGUGUUAAACAAAUCGAAGGCACUCAAGAAGGUGUAUGGGGAUCAAUCAAUCUCGACCCACUCCCCUGUUUGAACAAAACAGGGGAGUGGGUUUGAGCUCUGUUACUGGUGAAAAUCGGCUGAAAGAGUGAAACGUACCUCCGGUAAAUGAAUAUUCCGUAAUGGUCGUCGGUAUCAAGCCGUCAACCGGUGGAACUCGAAGCCCACUCCGGCGGGUUUCAGAUCUCAGAAUGUUAGAAGAUGAAUGAGAAAAAACAACAAAAAAAAAAGAUAGGAAAUGAGAAAAACUUACGGAAUACGUACUUCCUGCCGGUAUGGUCGUCAGCAUCGACCGGCGGAACUCGAAAAGUUCAUCUCCGGUGGUGGGCUAUGAAAGGGGUGCAAAGGUUUUAGUUUGGCAGUAGAAUGGGAGAAGAAUACCAAGGAACCUUUUUGGGCGAGAUGGAAUUAACGGAGUAUUUGCAAACGAACGUCAAAUGGAGGCCGCACGAGCCAUUUUAGUGUGCGUGCCUGAGGACACGCGGCAGGCAUAGAAUGUGUGGGACGUUUUUGGGGGGCAACUAUGUGGGGGGCAGAUGCGAACCCCUAUUUGAAAGGUAAAAGUGCCUUUUUAUUUGAAUCUGUAGAAUAUCGUAACAGGCUGGAAGGUAUUUUAAGUCCAUUUCUAAGCUUUAGGGUAUGUUUAAGUCUUAUCCUCUUUUUGUUUGUUAAGGUCGUUUAUGCUUAUGUCUCAUUUUGGUGAAAGUAACGAAUGUUCUUUUUUUU